AUGGGGCUAUCACAAGACCCCAAACAGGCGCCCGCUGCGACCCAGAUGGCGGCGCAGAGGCUUGAGGUGGAACCCACGCCUGCUGAUUCCGCUCAUGUUUCAGUGCAAUCGCAAAGGCCACCGCCUCGGGUCAAGGCAAAUUUUCAGAUGGUCAAGCCUAAUCUAGUGGCUGCCACUCAGGAGUCGGGUUUGCAGCUCGCGCAGGCUGGCAAGGCGGAGGGUGACAACGACGUGGCCGAAGUCGAGGCAAAGGGUGACAACGACGUGGCCAGAGUCAAGGCAAAGGGUGACAACUACGUGGCCAAAGUCAAGGCAAAGGGCGACAACGACGUGGCCCAGGCCGAGGAUGAGGUUGCCAAAGCCCAGGCAAAGGUGUUCCUGGCCAAGAGUAAUUCAACGGCGGCCAAUCAGGAGCACGACUUGGAGCCUCUGCAAACGGCUUUGGACCUCGCGAAAGCCAAGCUAAAGAAGGCCCGGGUCAAGGCGGAGGGUGACAACGACGUGGCCGAAGUCAAGGCGGAGGGUGACAACGACGUGGCCGAAGUCAAGGCGGAGGGUGACGUCAACGUGGCCCAGGCCGAGCGUGAGGUUGCCAAAGCCCAGGCAAAGGUGUUCCUGGCCAAGAGUAAUUCAACGGCUGCCAAUCAGGAGCACGACUUGGAGCCUCUGCAAACGGCUUUGGACGUCGCGAAAGCCAAGCUAAAGAAGGCUCGGGUCAAGGCGGAGGGUGACAACGACGUGGCCGAAGUCAAGGCGGAGGGUGACAACUACGUGGCCAAAGUCAAGGCGAAGGGCGACAACUACGUGGCCAAAGUCAAGGCGAAGGGCGACGUCAACGUGGCCCAGGCCGAGCGUGAGGUUGCCAGAGCCCAGGCAAAGGUGUCCCUGGCCAAGAGUAAUUCAUCGGCUGCCAAUCAGGAGCACGACUUGGAGCCUCUGCAAACGGCUUUGGACGUCGCGAAAGCCAAGCUAAAGAAGGCUCGGGUCAAGGCGGAGGGUGACAACGACGUGGCCGAAGUCAAGGCGGAGGGUGACAACUACGUGGCCAAAGUCAAGGCGAAGGGCGACAACUACGUGGCCAAAGUCAAGGCGAAGGGCGACGUCAACGUGGCCCAGGCCGAGCGUGAGGUUGCCAGAGCCCAGGCAAAGGUGUCCCUGGCCAAGAGUAAUUCAACGGCGGCCAAUCAGGAGCACGACUUGGAGCCACUGCAAACGGCUUUGGACCUUGCGAAAGCCAAGCUAGAGAAGGCCCGGGUCAAGGCGGAGGGUGACAACGACGUGGCCGAAGUCAAGGCGGAGGGCGAGCGUGAGGUUGCCAGAGCCCAGGCAAAGGUGUCCCUGGCCAGGAGUAAUCCAGCGGCUGCCACUCAGGAGCACGACUUGGAGCCACUGCAAACGGCUUUGGACCUUGCGAAAGCCAAGCUAGAGAAGGCCCGGCUCAAGGCAUCGAUGGACCAGGCAAAGGUGCAGUUGGAUUGGGCUCAGAAAAUGGCAGAUAUUGAGAAAUCUGAGCAAGCAAAGGCUGUAGUGGCGACUUUUUCAAAGCAUUUCGACGAGGUCGUCGCAGCUUUCGAGCGCAGCAACACGUCGAGCCCACUCAUGAGGUCAAAGCAUCCCUCAGCGCCGGAAAUUCCAAUCUCACGACGAUCAUCCAGCCAGCCUAUCGUAGGAGAUGGCUACAGCGCCAGUGUGGCAUCAUUGCGCAAGGAUCAAUAUUUGACAAAUGGCACAUCUCUCGCCCAGGGUCGUGCCCUGUCAAAAAGCACCAUAGCUUUGACUCAGCUUUUUCCGAUGAGUACCUGCGACUCUGAGGCAGUGCUUCAAGAGACCUGGAAGAAUUUUUUUGACACCCAUGCAACCGAAUUUCCGUGCCAAAUGUUUUCGAGUGCAAAUGUGGUCAGCUUGCUUGAUCUCAAACCCGACUUUGUCAUGGCAGCAAGAGAGCCUUUUUGCAACAACAAUGUUGUAUGCGUGCUGGAGCUUAAAAAUACCUCAUCUUUUCGCAAUCGGGACCUUGGUCAGCUCCUUGGGUAUCUUCGAACGAUGUUGAAGGUGUCCGGCUGGUGUCGCACGUUUUGCUUUGGCGCCCUGCUUGGCCAGCAGAGUUUUAUGAUUGUCAAGGCAAUUCUCGAAAAGGCUGAAGACGUUCGCUAUGAAAUUGUGGGCAACAGCGACUUGCGCAGCAGCCGGGAUCUUGCCGUUCUGCUGACGAUGUCUCCCAAAGAAUUAGGCUGGAUUGAUCGAAAAGCGGUUGUUCGAGUUAACAACGAGGAGAUGAUGUAUUUUCCCGACAAAUUUCUCGGCAAAGGCAGCAACUGCACAGCCUUCACUGGAAAGAAUGCGAUUCGCUCAAGUUACUACAUGAUGCUCGGAUUGAGCAUGUGCCUACCCUGCAAGCUAUCUCAGAAUCUGAGGACCAGCCCUGUUGCAUCGUUACGCCUGUAG